AUGAAAAUUUUGAACGUGUUUCGAGUUGAGACGGAUUCAGCUUGGACCGAUAUGAUGGAUAUUCAGUUAAGCGUCACUCCACCAAGUCAACCGCGUGAAAAUCCAUUUAGUAGCAUAUUCCGACGAAAACGUCAAAAUUUCGGGGCUCUUCCGUCAUUCUGCAUGUGUGAACCACCAAAACCAGUUUGCCCUCCAGGCCCUGCAGGACCACCAGGUCGAGCUGGUGAAGAUGGACCACCUGGACCACCUGGACCACCCGGACAAGAUAAUAAUGAAAGUUAUCCACCAGUUACUUGUCCACCACAAGAUACAUCAUGUAUCAAAUGCCCAGCAGGACCAGCUGGAGCACCAGGACCAAACGGUGCACCAGGACCCGCUGGACCAGAUGGACCACCAGGAUUACCUGGAAGUGGAGGUAAUGGUGGACGGCCUGGACCGCCAGGCCCACCAGGUAAUGCUGGAGCACCAGGACCAGCCGGUGCUGCAGGACCAGCAGGCCCACAAGGCAGAGAGGGUACACGUGGUAGGGGAUUACCAGGACCAAAAGGAGCACCAGGCUCAGCAGGACCUAUGGGACCACCUGGGCCAAAUGGACUCAGAGGUGCAGAUGGAGCACCAGGACCGGCGGGACCAGAAGGACCUGCAGGUACUCCAGGUAUCCCAGGACCCGAUGGAAAUCCUGGUUCGCCUGGUGGAUCAGGUCUUCCUGGAAAUGAUGCCGCUUACUGCCCAUGUCCACCACGAUCUGUCGUUUAUCUUAGACGAUUCUCGCAAUAA